GCAGGCAGCAAGAAGCAAGAAGCAGGCAGCAAGCAGCAGGCAGCAGCAGCAGGCAGCAGCAGCAGCAUCAAGAAGCAGGCAGCAGCAGCAGCAUCAAGAAGCAGGCAGCAGCAGCAGGCGUUGGUUCCGUGUGAACGCUUCUGAAGACGGCGCAGGCGAUCGGGGACUUCAAUUCGGAGUUGGCCAUCAUGCUGCGGCUGUUGCUGCUUGUGCUGGUGGUUCGGCCUGCACUGACGGAGGUGUUCACAUCAAUAGGACACAUGAGCGAGCUGCUCGACACCGAAGCGGAUCUUCUGCUCUCUCUCGACUCGUACAUCGCCGUGCAACAGAGACGUCUGCACAGCCUGAGAGCGUGGGCGGAGUCUAUACAGGAAGUCCGCCGCUCCGCGACCCUCGACCCGGAAGGGUUCCUGGGCAAUCCGGUCAACGCCUACCGGCUACUCAAGAGGCUGGGGCAGCAGUGGCGGGCGCUGGACGACUCGGCCAUCAUGAACCCGGCCACCGAGUUCCUAGCGAACGUAUCUGCCCAGCGUCUGCGGCUGCCCACCGAGGAGGACGUCACCGGGGCAGCCAAGGCCCUGAUGCGUCUACAGGACACCUACAGACUGAGGACACGCGACAUCGCAGAUGGGAACCUACCAGGCGCUAAGUUCCACGACGCGCUGUCUGCUCGCGACUGCUACGACCUGGGCCGCGUCGCCUACACGGAGGGCGACUACCGGCACACGCAGCUGUGGAUGCGGCAGGCUCUGCGCAUGGUGCGCGGCACCACGUGGCAGAAGCGUCGGGGGGCAGCGGGAGGAGGGGAGAGACGUGGGGCGGAGGACGGAGAAGUGGAGGAGACACCGGGGGGAGGAUCAGCGGUGGAGGGGGUGGAGUGGCUGACGGGAUCGGCGGCGGUGGACGAGGUGGACGUCUUGGACCACCUGAGCUUCGUGGCGUUUCAGCAGGGGGAGACGGAGGAAGCGUACGCGCUCACGAAGCAGCUGCUCGCGCUGGACCCGUCUCACGAGCGUGCACAGGGGAACCUGGACUACUUCUCCCGGGCGCUGUCCUCCAAGCGCAAGGGAGACGACGAAUCUCAGCUGCUCACCACCGGCAUCCGCAGUGACUCCUCCUCGUCGUCGUCGUCGCCGUCCUCGAAGAGGAGGAGGAAGGACACGAUGGGGGGAGAGAGACUCGGGGAUGACGAGGAGGAGGAGGAGGAGGCGGUGGAGGAGGAAGUGGAGGAGGAGGUGGACGAUGGAAGAAGUGCAAGCUACAUGAAGCUGUGUCGGGGAGAGGGGAUCAAGAUGACGUCUAGACGUCGCGCCCGGCUGAGUUGCCGGCUGUGGGACGGCCGGAGGAAUCCGCGUCUGCUGCUGCGGCCGCUGCACCUGGAGGAGGAGUGGGACCGGCCACUCAUCGUCCGCUACCACGGAGUGGUGUCAGACCAGGAGAUCCACCUCAUCAAGGAACUUGCAAAGCCACGGCUGCAGAGAGCCACAGUCCAUGACCCUCAGACAGGAGAACUGACGGUCGCUCACUACAGAGUCUCCAAGAGUGCUUGGCUGAGAUCUGAGCAUCACCCCCUGGUGCAGAGACUCAACGAGAGAGUGGCCGAUAUCACUGGGCUCAACAUGGACACUGCAGAGGAGCUACAGGUGGCUAACUAUGGCAUGGGUGGACAAUAUGAUCCUCAUUUCGACUUUGGUCGGAAGGAGGAGCCGGAUGCCUUUAAGGAACUCGGGACGGGGAACCGCAUGGCAACGUUUCUUAUCUAUAUGAGCGAUGUGCCAGCCGGAGGAGCCACUGUGUUUCCAGAUGUUGGAGCGGCAAUUUGGCCAAUAAAGGGCACGGCCGUUUUCUGGUUUAAUUUGCUUGCGAGCGGAGAGGGCGACUACAGCACGAGACACGCGGCCUGCCCCGUCCUAGUGGGGAGCAAGUGGGUCUCUAACAAGUGGAUUCAUGAACGAGGCCAGGAGUUUAAACGGCCAUGCUCACUCAACCAGACAGAGUGACCGCUCACUCACCCACUCAGUCACUCGCUCACUCAGUCACUCACCCACUCAGUCACUCGCUCACUCAGUCACUCACCCACUCAGUCACUCACCCACUCAGUCACUCACCCACUCAGUCACUCAC